UUGGUUUUGAUUUUGGCCUCUCGGAAUCUCCGAAUAUUUCUGCUGUUGUAUCACUAAAGUUUUGUUCCGUUUUCUAGGGGAUAUUAAUGGGGCUCCUCACAUGCUUCAAAGCACAGGUGGAAUGAUACUUUGUUGCGUAUUCCUUCGAAACUAAUUGCCUGUAUGCUUCCUGGAAUGGGCACUUGCUUCAGUAUUUGCUGUUGGGAGUCCAGCAAGCGCGGAAGGUGAGUGAAAGAUACUUUGGGGAUUCACGUAAGAACUGCAUUGUUCACAAUGAAUAAAGGCGUGAACAUCACGGUGCUUUCUUUAUGGCGAGUCCCUAUUACGCCGGUGUAAGUUCUUGCGCAGGGAACACUUUAUGAACCGGCGCGCGUGACCAGCAUGCGUUAAGUGUUACAUAUUAGAGUUAGUUCUGUUUUGGUACGUUUGGCUUACUCUUUACGUCAAUUUUUAGGCAGAGCUAUAUUCAAUGUUACACAGUGUGAGAAAUUAGAAUAUAUUUUACGCAGCAUACCGAAUGCGUCGGUGUCAAAUGAUAACGUCAUCUAGCCGACACAAGCUAUAGCCUGCCUACUCCUGUUAUGUUCGAGGAAUGUUGGCUGUAUUUUUCCUGCAUCGCAACUCGCAACGCGCAUGCGCGUGUUGCGAGUUCUCCAAAACUUUGCCUACCAAAAUAGAUAGAUUCCCCCUGCUUGAAUGUCAAAAGAUUUACAAUAAGGUAGUGCUGAGAUUGGACAUAUCACCUCUAAUGCUGCUACAUAAUGUGGGAAAGACUUGCUGUUAUGUUAAGAGGCUCCAAACAUAUUUUAACGACUACAACAUACCUGGACAGGGAAUAGAAAAGAAAAAACAUGAGCCACGAAACACAUAGAUAAGUGCAAAGCGUGGUUGUUAAGAAGUUGCACUUGCUAGAAAGGCUAUAAAAUGUGCAGACGACUCCCGCUGAUAAAGCAGCCUUGUUUCAAGAAAACAUCAAAUGAGGAUAGACCCUAAACCCUAUUUGAAACUGCCAUUGACCCACUGCUCUGACCUGGUAUCCCGAUAGAUGUCAACAUAGAUGUGAAGAACCUCUUGUCUGUCUGUCAUGCGACACAAGGCACCAAUGAGGCAAGCUAAGCAGACCAACUACUUUGAUGCAUCUAGUCUAAUUGAGUUUGAGACGCUAAUAGAUGAGCCACCUACCAACGUACCCAGGAGUAUCUCUUCCUGGUUGAACUUCAAGAAGGGAAAGCUGGCAUUUCAGGAAGAGGCGUUGGAGUUGGAAGGUAACAAAGGGGACGUGACCACAUCCCCUUACGACCUGAAAGAUGAUGCUGAGCAAAGCCUUAUUCCGGAUUCCACCUGGAUGAAAGAAAGUGCUUAUGACUGGGCCCUGUCCAGCAACAAUGGCCUUACGCACCUAGUCAGGGCGGAACCAGGAGGACUUCACUGUACACCUAUGUUAGUGAGACUAUCAAAGAGGGAAAGGCUCUGCAGCAGUCCACAUUCCUCGUUGGAACUGGAAUGGGAAAAUGAAGUUGGUCUAACACCACCGCAGCAGUGUGAUUCAGUCACAGAGGAUGACUUUGUCUAUGUCCCUGGAGCAGAUACUUCUAGCAAUCACUCUACACCACUUUCGAAUGAGAAUGACUUGGAAUGGGAUGGAGAUCUUGCCAGUGUCCAGAUAAGUGGCUUUGACCCUGAUACGGAGCAGCUGAUUUCCGAGAUUGAACACAUGACGUCCGAGGCCCUGAAAGAACCAGCAGCUGCGGUCAGAUGACCUACCGCCGUAGCAUAAAGCUACAGGGUUACAGCCCACGUCUACACACUGUCAGUUUCUUCUCUGUGGAAGGUAAAUAGUUCUUAAAAAAUCGAUCAUGGGUAUAUCAUGGUGUGCUAGGUCAUAUCUGUGGCCUAUAAAUGCGAAGCUCAAGAAGAACUCCAUAUCUUGAGAUAACACAGAGGCCUUCCUGUGGGGACCAGUGUAGAUGCAUACUUGGAAAAGUAAACGGAAGGAUAUGAACCUCCCGAGGUGUUUUACGCUGCUUAAAAUUACACCAAUAAGAGAAUCUGUUGUGGCAUGUGUCGCAAGCGUAUUUUUCUGUUCAGACACAAUACGUACUCAGCUUGUCUCGUGCAUCUAAGCUGCGCAGUUUUCCCUUCUGCAACAUUACAUUUGUUUCUCUGGCUGUCGUACGAGCUUCCUCUAUUGGUGAAGCAGUGCAUGAGGAUGUCACCCGAUUUUCAUCCGAUCUUCACCCAAUCUUCACCCAAUGCAACAGGUUCCGUGCUUCUCGGGUAAGGCCCACUCCGGUAGUUGAAUUGAAUGGGUUGCUCAGCGAUCAACUUGAGCGUUAAAAAUUUGUGCCAAAGUUAAAAAAUGGCAGUUGGUGAGAAAUGUGAUUGAGUGCUUCAUGUACCUUGCUAGUCAGCCGCUUUAAAAGAAAAAUUAAUGUCACAAAAUGUGACACAUUCACAGGGCGGGUUUUGGACGCUGGGUGAACUUGUGGAUCGUACAUGAAUGUGAGGCACGGAGAAGGGCAGAGAACAUCCGGAGUGUUACUGUUCGCCAGCAGUGGCACAAGCAUAUCAUGAUGUUCGGAAACAACUGUAAUAUUUGUACAUCUGUGAUCUGCACUUUUCUGUUGGUUUCUGAGCAGCUGCAGUGAAUAUAGCGUAUUUAUAUGCGAAAUUAGCGUAUUAAUAUGCAGGGAACAAAAAAAAAACACCAGCAUUUCGGUGCUCAUGUUUUAGGUGCAUUCAUUACGCGAGUAAAUACGGUAGGUAUCGCGGGUAUUUUAUUGAACCACGUUUUCCACGUUGCUCCGUGAUACUUUGUCUGCAUUCCAAUUGUGUUCACGCGCUUAAUAUGCCGUAUGCUACGGGAAGUGGAACGAUAAGGACAGCAUGUUGUGCUAGAUGUGCAGUGAUUACGCUGAGCAGUGUGCGGGAGGUUGAUAUCCCUUUCCUGAUCUUUAAGUAAGGUUUACAGCAUUCUCAAGGUGCAUGUACCUGUGAAUAUGUGGUAUCUAGAAAUGGUCUCCAGCAUAAUCCAGCACAAAGAUUCUAUUGCACUCGUCAUAGUUUGACAUGGUGUACAAGCAAAAGGACUGGACUUAACUGAAGAGCAGUUCAGUAAAUGUACGCUUUUGCUCACAUCUGCUUCUAUGAUCUCCCGUUGCGCAUUAUGCGGAAUGGAGUGAUAUCGCCAUCUGCAUUGCAACAGGAGUGCACAGGUUGGCCGAGAAUGGCGUGAAUUAGUUUUACUUGCAAUACAAGAACAGACAAUGUGAGAAGCAUGGACAAUGACGAGGGAGAAUAUGCCGCGUGAGUGCAGUCGCCGACCGAUAAUUCGGACUCAAAAAAAUUCGGGCUUCCCAAUUUUUUUUUACGAAACUGUCGGCACCGUCAAACGCCCUGCAGGCCCGGUGUGUAUUUCCGCGUCCAAUAAUUUUCCGCUUGAUUAUUCGUACUUGCCUCGCUUCAAAUCGGCACGGUUUUGGGGAUUUACCGUCUCCUGACCAGCAGAAAUAUGGCAGAAGGAUUUAUACCCGCGCCCCAUGUUUUAAAUUGAAUUGAAUUGAAAUGAAAUGAAGAACAUAUAUAAGCGCCAAGCACGUGCAGACCCAUAGCAGUCGCGUCACAAAGGCCAAUCACGACAUGCAUUUGACAUGAGGCAUUCAGGAAGCCAGAGAUUAUUUUACUAACGACCAAUAUCGAAUGCUCCACUUUAAGUCAUGUUGGAAGAACUUAUCUUUCAAUACGCGUGUCUUCGACUACGAAUAUCUUUGAGUGUCGGGAAUACUGAAAUGCCAACUUCAACUGAGGGCCUCAAUGACGUUACUACGAUAGAUGUACCUGGUACACGCAAAGAAAUAACUUCAUCGACGAGCGAGACGCUGUUUGACACUUCAUCAGCGUUGCGUCGUCGUUGUCUUUGGCACUGACAACAUAUAAAAAAGGGGGGGGGGGGGGGCAAUCCCUGCUGCAGUGACCACACUGGUGAUGCACUUGCCAUAAUUUGCUACGAUACGUUGUUGCGCAUUUGUGCAGCGGAACAGAGACGUAUACAUUGGUUUUUUAAGUCACUUUGAAUGUUCUGAGUGAAGGCUUUUAAAAUCAAGCGCUAAUCAGCUCACUAAAAAUUCAGACUGCCCUAUAAUUCGGACUAAUUUCGUGACUCCUAGAGGUCCGAAAAAAGCGGUCAGCGACUGUAUUUCUCUGCGAAUUCUCUCUCUGAAGUCUACAAGGAACGGCGUUGGUGCAAAGCUGAAGGCUAGAUAUGCCAAGAUAGAACUGAUGACGAGUGUUUCGUAUGAAAUCAACCACCGAUUUUUGUAUCAACAGAUGUUAGGCGUACAACAUUUGUACAAUAUCAGUAUGCGUGGUUCUUGUACAGUGUGUAAGCUGGACCUAGAUAUGUAGCGGGCUAGAGUGUCUUAUAUCCAAUACACAGUUCACAGAGAUGAUGUACGUGAUGCACCGAUGGAAGUUUGUAAACUGUAUGUGGUUGUGCCUUGUCCUGUGUUCGAUGACGUGACCUGCAACAAGACGGGGAUUAGUACAUAGAAUGCUGUGUCUCAGGUUGGGAGCUAGUCUGCUUUUGGAAAGUUGCUAUGGAUCUAUACGAGCUACCAUUAUGAUGUGGAAGAGAGGGCUACUGGUGGGACCAAGCAGUAAGAACCGCAGCAGAAUGUGGUUAUAACGGAUAAAUAGCAGAAUUACUGUGUCUGAAAUGAUGAAGAAAAUGUGCUGCAGAGGUGGUGUAUGCUAUAAGAUGAGGGUUAGCAUGCAAAGAGUUUUCCUUUUUUUCUUUUUUUGUUGUAUAAUGCAAUGUAGAAUUCAUUCUCUGUUCUGAAGAUUAAAUUAAAACAAUAAUUGUGGGGACUUAAUUUGUCGAGGGAAGUUAAUGUUUUCCACGUACCAGACCUGGCAAGUGGCCGAAACGACCCUCAUUUCGAGCGGGUUCUGCGGUGUGAGGUUUCUUGAGACAAAAAGGAAACUAACCUCGGGUUAGGGUUCCAAAAUUGGUGUGCUAAAGGUGUUGCACAACAUUAAGCAUAGACUUGGUCUCCAUGGUCACUUGUAAUAUGUGUACAUAAGAUCGUGACUGGAUGAGUGUAAUUGAUGACCAUGGUUGCAGACAAAUUAUGUGUUCAAACUAUAGAAUUUGCUAAUCUGGCUCUUUUGCGAAUAUGUGUUGUGCGAAAUCGUAAAGAAAGUAUCGCUCACAGUUCCAUAGUAAGCCUCGAACCACACAUUGUCAAGGGAUGUCACAGCUUGCAUACUUCAUGUUAAUUACAUUGACUUUCAUCGCCUUUAAAUCUAGUACUCUAAAGCUGAGGGAGCUAAAAACAAUGAAAAAUUUGAGAAUGCUGACAGGUUCUUACAAGUAUCCCUGGCCUUGGAUUUAUGCCUAAUAAAGUCUGUCUUGCACACAAGGUGCAGUGUGAUAUUCCCAAUAUAAGGCCGUCUGAAGUACUUGCAGUUAGUGGUGGGCACCGUGAUGGUGGGUGAUACUAUUUUACCACCUCUUUUGACUGACUCGGCAAUUCCUGUUGGGGGGCCGCCAUGAAGCUAAUCAUUAUCUCAGCUUUUUGCAAGCUGUCUGUGUAUCGACCUAAUCGCUGACUGUGAUUUAUUGUGUGGUGGCAGUCAGCCCAAACCAGCGUGCAUGCUACAAGCACUCAAAUGGCUCAAUAUGUGUGCUCCGGGCUUCCAUAUUUCAUUAAAAGGCCAGGGACAGACCUGUGACUGUAAUGCAACGUCCGAGUAUAAGCAGAGAAGUUAAACGUUUCAAGUAAUAGCCCAUUGGCGCUUGGAGUCAUUGUAUCAGACCAUCUGAUAACAUGUAUUUUGCAUGUGAGUACUUCCUUGAGCACCAUUUGCACAUGCUGUGAUGUACUACUUGUUCUGUGUCAUGACUCCUUGCUUGAGUGUUGUUUUUCCUCUUUAUUUUUUUUUAACGUGUUAAUUUUUACUUUGGGAGUGUCAGCAUUAUGUGGAACAGUGCGUACAGUUUGUAUGAUAUUUAUACAGGUAGCUGUUGGUUUGCAAUAAAACGAGUAAAAAUA